AUGUUGCAGCACCACCAGCAGCAGGCUCAAUCGGGUGGCUAUUACGAUCACUACAAUCAGUCGCCCAGUCCGGGCAGCCUGACAAACGCGGAUGCCCUGAAUACCACUCCGUUUUCGGUCAAGGAUAUCCUGAACAUGGUCAAUCAAACGGAGGCCUACGAAGGCUCCUACGGACAUCUCGAUGGCGCGGCGACUGCCUCGGCGCUCUUCGGCGCCGGUGAGUACCAGUAUCCCCACCAGUACCUCAACCACCAACAGCAUCAGCAAUCCGAGCUGCCGAUCCCGCAGCAGCAACUGCAUCACCAGCACUUGGACGAUGGCACCACCACGUCGUCGUCCCUAUCGCCGCUCUUGCCACCCCCGCCGCACCAGCUGUACGGCGGAUAUCAGGACUACGGAAUGCCCGCCCACAUGUUCCAGCACCAUCACGGACAUCCCCACCAGAGCUUCCAGCACUCGGCCUCGGCCUACAACAUGUCCGCCUCGCAGUUCUACGCCGGAGCCUCGGCCUCGGCCUCGGCCACGGCCUACCAGACUCCCGCCUCCUACAACUACAACUACGCCGGAUCCGGAGACGUGUACGGCGGAGCCACGCCCUCGGCGGUGGGCAUCAAGAGCGAGUACAUACCCACGCCCUACGUGACGCCCUCGCCCACCCUGGACCUCAACAGCUCCGCCGAGGUGGACAGCCUGCAAGCUCCGACGCAGAAGCUGUGCGGCAAUCCCCUGACGCAGCGGCUCAUGGAGACCGCUAGCAACUCGUCCUCCCUGAGGAGCAUCUACAGUGCAGAUGAAGGCGGCAAAAAGAAGGAUAACAGCCAGGUGACCUCCUCACGUUCCGAGCUGCGAAAAAACAGCAUCAGUGGGAACAGCAACCCGGGGAGCAGCAGUGGUUCCUCGAAGCCAAGGAUGAAGCGGAAGCCUCGGGUGCUUUUCUCCCAGGCACAGGUACUGGAGCUGGAAUGUCGCUUUCGGCUGAAAAAGUAUCUGACGGGUGCGGAGCGCGAGAUAAUCGCCCAAAAGCUCAACCUGUCGGCCACCCAGGUGAAGAUUUGGUUCCAGAAUCGCCGCUACAAAUCGAAGCGUGGCGACAUCGACUGCGAGGGCAUCGCCAAGCACCUGAAGCUGAAGUCCGAGCCACUCCACUCGCCCACAUCUCUGCCCCCGCCGAUCCCAACGAUUCCCAACCACGUGAUGUGGCCCCCAACCAUGCAGCAAUCCCAGCAGCAGCAGCAGCAUCAUGCACAGCAGCAGCAGAUCCAGCACAUGUAG